UUGUAUUGAAUUGUGUUCUUUUCGUGUGAGUAACAGUUACGUUCGUAGGUUUUUUUAACUCGACAGUGACGUAACACGUUAUUUACACCUGAUCGGCACACAGCCGUGACUAUCAGCCAAUCAGAAGGCAGCAUCUCCCUCCAGCAAACCCCGCUAAAGAUCAAAGCGAGCACAAAGUGAGGGAGCGAAAACGACCGAGUUGACCGAACCGAACCGAGCUUGUAGCCGGUGGCUGUAGCACGGCACGGUGUGGGGGAGCUCGUCGGUUUACGGGGCUGCUGGGUGUGGCGUCGUAGACUAGCAGAGGGAGGAGUCAGCCGCCGUCUUUCCGAGGCUUGUGAUUGGCCCGAUGAGGCGUGGUGGAAUUCCCCGGUUAGAUUUCACAUACACUUCCCUGCUCUCGGAUACCGCUCUCAUUCACCUCUUCAAGUCUCAAAGAGCAUCGGGACGGCAUCAUGGAUACUCUUAUGCCCUCAAGACUUGUGGAUGAUCCACAUCUAAUGGCUCUGCCGGCCAUCCAGAUCUUCGAGCAGCCCAAGCAGAGGGGCAUGCGCUUCAGGUACAAGUGUGAGGGUCGCUCCGCCGGGAGCAUCCCCGGCGAGAGGAGCACGGACAACAACAGGAGCUACCCGAGUCUGCAGAUCCUGAACUACAGAGGUAAAGGAAUGGUGCGCGUUUACCUGGUUACGAAAAACGAGCCUUACCGACCGCAUCCGCACGACCUGGUGGGGCGAGACUGCAGAGACGGCUUCUAUGAGGCGGAGUUUGGCCCGGAUCGCAAAGUGAUUGCAUUCCAGAAUCUGGGCAUCCAGUGUGUGAGGAGGCGGGAAGUGAGAGAAGCCAUCAACCAGAGGAUCACCAGAGGGAUCAACCCUUUCAACGUGGCGCGGGAGCAGCUGCUGCAGACCGAGGAGUACGACCUGAACGUGGUGCGCCUGUGCAUCCAGGUGUACCUGCAGGACGAGAGCGGCCACUACACCCGACCUCUCAACCCCAUCGUCACAAACCCCAUCUACGACAACCGCGCCCCAAACACAGCGGAGCUGAGGAUUUGUCGGGUCAACCAGAACAGUGGGAGUGUCAAAGGAGGGGAUGAGAUCUUCCUGCUGUGCGACAAAGUUCAGAAAGAUGACAUAGAGGUGCGUUUCUUCUCCAGCGACGGCUGGGAGGCCAGAGGCUCCUUCUCCCAGGCUGACGUCCACCGACAGGUGGCGAUCGUCUUCAAGACGCCGCCGUACCACAACACCUCCAUCACAGAGUCGGUCACAGUGCAGAUGCAGCUGCGCAGACCCUCUGAUCAGGAAGUCAGUGAACCCAUGGACUUCAGAUAUCUGCCUGACAACAAAGACCCCUAUGGCUACAGUGAGAAAAAACGUAAACGGGAAUACUUGAUGAAGAUAUCCGGAUUGACGGGAGGUCCUUUUGCUGAUCUGGUGAUGAAGAGACAAAAGGCCAUACCUCAGAGUAUCAUGCAUAAAGAUGCAGCCAACAUGUACAGGCCGAGUCCAAUGCAGCAGCAGCUCAACAUGUCCAACCAGUCGUAUAUCCAAACCCCUCAGAGUGGGAUGAUGCCCUCCAACUUACAAAUGGGUAACCCAUGGAUGAAUCCUAACCCAAGACCCUCGGUAGAAACGGUCACCAUAAAUCCCUCGGCGUCCAUGAGCCUCCAUGCCAACAGAGGUCAGCCGCUGCCGCCGUCCUGCGAGUCUGGUUACCGCCAGAGACUGGAGCACGGCGGCUGUGAGGGGAGCACUCUCCCUCAGCUGUCGGUGCGGGACCUGCAGUGUUUAGACACCGCUCCCCAGCAGGCGGCGAUGAGCCAGUCCGAGUCUCAAAUGCUGUACCACCAGCAGCAGCACCAGAGGGAGGAACUCCCAUCCAAUCCCCAAAACCACAUGAGCAGCCAAAGCCAGGGUCUGCCGGGUAUGUGGACCAACUUCAACGCGCUGAGCACCGUUCAGAACAACUUUAACGGGUCGGGACCUUCGGGCGGUGGAGGGAGUUUUUCAUUCUUCCAAGACACGGAGGGGGAUGAUUUCCUGAAGGGCCUGGUUGGGGGGAUGUCGCAGACGGGCUUCCAGCUGAAGCAGGAGCCCCAGAUCUCCACCGGACAAGACGGCAACUCUCCUGCAAUGCCCAAUCCCAGAGAGAAUCAGGAGAACACCUACACCAACCUGCUGCCCCGCAUCACCAGCAACGGCGCCAGCAUGGAUCCAAGGAGGCGGGACGGCGUCACGCAGGCCUUCAAGAACCUGCAGAAUCCCUACGCAAACAAGGGCAUGUCCUCUCAAGGCCACUACAACAAUGUGGAUGACUGGCUCAAAGCCCCUCGGCAAAAUGACUAGAAAGGGACUCAUUUUUGGGGAUCGAGUCAAAUCCAGUUUAACCCUCUAGAGCAAGAAAUGUUCUUCGGUCUACGCCAGCCCCGUUGCCCCGGCAACCAUUGGCGUGUGGACUUGCUGUUGGCAGUCAGCUGGACCCACAGCCCACUCUGUGUUAAGGUGGUUCAAGCUUUUCUUUUCUGAAUUUAAGGAGGAACUCGCCGAGGAGAGCAUCCUAAUCCCACUCCCGUCGGGAUGUAUGGGUCAUUUUUGAUGUUUCUCAGGAAUUUCUACUAAAGUAAAUUCUAUCUAGAGACCAAAAAAACGUUUUCUUUUUUUCUUUUGGCGGUUUAAUGCCUCAGAUGCAGUGAGGCAGCUGGUUUGGUCGCGUUGACUCAGCAGGUCCACUCUGGAUCAACCCAGACCAGCCAGCAAGCUAAAGGCUACACAGCCAAAGUCGCGUGAAUGUACUUACAGAUCUUGUGGAAAAUAUUUUGUUUUUAAAAAAAAAUGAUUAAUUUGCAUUUUUCAAUGGAUCAAAGGUCUUUGUGUGAAUUUGCUGAAGAUGUAAAGUAUGUGUUUUUUAUUAGUGCCUUUGUUAUUAAGUGCACGCUGUACAAACAUGAUAGGCGCAGUUGGAGUGAAGGCAGCUUUGACUGUCAGAAACUGCCAGAGUACGGAAAUUUCCAUUGAGGAAGUGGGGAGGACGGAUGCUGGGGCGUCCGUCCUCCGUAAUGACUAUGUCAUACCAGUGAUCUCAUCUGUUAUGCCGAGUUGUCAAAGCGUUUUUCUUUGCUUUAUUAACUGGCAUCCAAUUAUCGUUUUAUUUAGUUGUGUUCUUAUGAAAUCGUUUGUGUACAUGAAUGUGUGAUGACAGACCGGCUUUAGCCGGAAAACGUUGCUACUUUCUACUGAUUUCAACUCUUGUUUUCUUCCUUGAUGCCUUACUCAGGCCUUAUGUGCUUUACUGAAAGUGUCUUUUUUGAUGCACUUUUUGUACAUUGUGCUAAUUUACAAGUUUUGAAUUUUUUUACGUGAUCAAUUCUCAAUAAAAAUGGUUUCUAAAGCUC